AUGGCAGGAGGGCCAGGGAAUGAGGACUUUGUUGAUCAGUCUUUCUUGAGUGAUGGUCAUGGAGCACCUGAAAGAAACAAUCUGCUAACGUGCUUUGUAUCUUUUGAUGUUGCAGAGCAGAAGAAUCCAUAUCAGAUGAUGACAAAAGGAGGAACUAUGGUGGGGUGUAUGUGGGCCUGCCGGCGGACGCGGCUGCCAUGGCUCCCAGUCAGACGAAAGCUGCACCCAAAGUCUACUAAGACCAGUUGCCAGUGCUUUGGAGAGAGCUGUCUUUGUGCGGAAGAUUUUGAUAUUUACACAGCCUUCUGGAGAGCAAGAGAGAUCAGAGCACCAAAAAAUCCAAACUGUUGCAAGUUCCAACUACGGAAAUCUGCUACUUGGGUUAUCAACGAUUUCAGGCUUCCAGCUCCUGAAGACAAACAUGCAUCUCAUUCUUGACCAUCGACCGCAAACCGAGAUGAAAUAAGCUUGAAGAUUAAGAUGUGGUGUUAAAAUAUCUCUCAGUAUGAAUGAAAGUCUGUAGAUUAUAUCUGCAGUCUUGCUCUUGCAAGCCAAGCUGGUGACGACUCAAGUAGAACUGGGUGAUAAAAGCAUGCAGGCUUUUCUCCUACCUUCUUACCAUACACGAGGGUAUAGUUGCCACUUCACAUGUUCCACAAAUGGCCAAAAUGGUUUGCAUAGCACAAGUUUAUUUAGUACAAAGAAAUUAGGCCCAUGCCUGACCUGGUCAUAAUUGUCUUUCCCAAAGUUGAAAAAGCACCAGUCGUCCUAGGCUACAUCAGCAUUCAGCUUGUGCUAAAAAUGCCAAGAGCAGAUGCCAGUAAUCAACCCGGUUGUUUAUCUGCUUCUAUCCUUCAGCUGCUGGGAAGAAUCAUCAAAAAGGUGGACAGGGCUAAACUCAAACAUUACCUUUUCUGCUACUGACAUCUGAAGCCCUGUGUGUGGGCAGAGGGAGCAAAGAGGUGAUUGCUCACGGACAGCUCCUCGCAGCUGGUGGUGGGACAGUUGCAAAGGGUACUUUCCUUGGUUUACAUCACUGCUUGUUUUUCCUGUGCAGAGCUACAGAGAAGCUUGAAGCAAUUUGCAGAAUUGGUCUUUUAAUGUUUCAUCCUCUGAAUGUGUGGGAGGUACAGUGGUUUCUUAAUAUUUUUGUUCCUCUGUGUCUUUUAAUCUGAAAAGUUUACGGACCAGCUGACAAAUGUGCAGCAUCAUGGACUGCAGCCUCUAAAAUAAACAUACAUUAAUUUAUGCUAUGUGGGCCUUUACCCAUCAAACUAAAGAGCUAGGGCCAUGCCCUUGUCUUCAAUUUGCAGACUCUUGUCUUUUGUUUUCCCAAGGAUCCAUGAAUCUAGAAACUGUGUGACAGCAUACUGUAUUCUGUCCCGGCCAAAUUCCACUUAGGGCACUGAUUUUCUGCUCAUGAAAAUUCCUCUGUGGUGAGCAGCCUUUGUUAAUAAAAGCACAUGUCAUUUCAUGGAGAAAUGAGUGUAUCUGCUCUUUCAAAACUUACAAUCUAUGGAUAUUUCUGUUAGGAGGAGGAACAGAAAAGAAACCCUAUAUGCCAGCUGCCAGCUGUGCAUGUGACAGCAUCCUUGGAGGCACUCAAAUGAUGUUUCAAUAGGAAAACUGAGAACAGAACACAAGCAAUCAUUGAAUGACAGUUAUCAUUAAGGAAUAGACUUUGGUUUUGUCAAAACAUCUUGGAUUACCAUUUGUGAAAAAUAAACAUUUAAAUAUUGGGGCUGUAAUACCAUUUUCCUUGCAGUGGUUACUGUUUCUCCAGCCAGAGAUGCGGAGCCAGUGAAAAUAAUUCAGCAAAGAGUGGAUUUGGGCUUUAUAAUCUCAGAAUCUCUGAUCUGAGAAUCUUAGGCAGCCCAAAAAUAUUAUGCUUGGAUUUGCGAAUUUUGAAAAAAUUUGGAGUAGGAUUCUGGAGUAGGAAAGCAUAAGAUUGAAACUAUGGUUUGUGACCAGCUGAAAAACACUCAAAAUAUCUUGUAUUGCAAAUUUUGGUCUCAUAGAAACUAUUUCACCUCAAGGACAGCUUCUCUUUUGAAUUACGCUAGUGAGACAGUGCAUUUGUUUUGCUUUCUUCUUAAUGCAGGGCCUGGAGCUUUGUUGUAAGGGCCCAACUUCUCAGUUUCUGGGUAGUCCAGACAGAAAUACUGCCUGUCUUUUAUGUGCCAUACACAUCCUAGUGUAGCUCAGACGACAUGACUACUCUAAAUCUCUGUGCUGCUCAAGGGUUAAAUCUUGUCAGUAAGAGAGUUGCAGAAGACCUGGUAAAAGCCAGUGUAAUCUCAGUUAGAACUUCAUUCACUAGGAAUUAAAUCCUUUCCUAGCAAAGAGUCCACACAAGGCUGAAGCUGCAGAAAAUCAUAAAGGUGGAAUUUGUCUCUAAUGAACACAAAGUACUAAUUUACUUGUUUUCAUCCUGCCUGUCUGGCAGAGGAGACUCUGCUGUAUGGGACUACGGUUGAAAUGGCAUCACUAUUCCCUGUCACCCACACAAGUCUAGCAAUUCUCAAUAAUCAUGCUUCCCAAGCAGUCAGUGAGUCACUGCUGAUCUGUUUUCUGCAAAGUAGACCUCUGUUUGGUUCCCAUGGUGAUCAGAAGUGACGAUUAUUGCAGGCUGCUACUACAGUUUCUCAGUUGUGUGUGCCCACUAAAAGAAGCUCUUACCUGGUUAUAGUCCCUGGGUGUUUUGCAGUACAUCAUCGUUGCUUCCUAUUGACAGCAAUUUAAACACUUCAGGUGAAUUGGCUUUGUGGAGAACAGGCUGAAGGAGGGGGAUUUGGAGAGUAUUUUUGUUUUGCAAUGUAUUUAGAACAAGAUGAAGAAAAUAACUCUGUCAACUUUCCAUAGAGCGAUGGUGUUCCAGUAUUGCAGAAAAUCUUUUGAGGCUGGGCUAAAUGAUUCAGCCCUUGUUUUAAAGACCACCAAGCACAGAACUCAGGUUUAUCAUAGUAGGAGCUAUUUUACCUGAUCUGACAAUUUUUGCUGUAACUCCAGGCUUUUCAAACACUGAAGUAUUUCCUAGACAGCAGAAAUCUGUCACUCCUGUUGUGGGACCUUCUGUGUACUGGUCACUAUCAGCUAUAACUAUUAAAAUAUUUACAGCUGAAGAUAGGGCUCAGCUCACGAACCAGAUCAUUCUGUGAAGUGCAGUGAAACUCUCAUUAGCAUAACUGUACUGAGAAAAGAAUUAGAAAGAUAUCACAGGACGAAGCUUGGAUAAAAAGGGGCUUUGUGUGCCAGAAAGGAGAAAACACAUAGGAGAAUGAAGAUUAUUAUGCAGUGAAGACUGAUGUAGAAAAAGGUUAGGAACAGUAAAUGACGUAAAAAAGGAAAUACUUUAAUUAAGUAUCCACUACGUUUCUCCAUGAUUCUAAUCUAUAGAAAAUAGAGCAAGAGGUAGACAGCUGCCAAAUUGUUUUAAGACUAAAGAUAAAUGGGAGUUGGCUUAUCAGGUCAUUCCAAUCUUCAGAUGUCUGAGACUGCAGACCUUUAAGGAAAUAACUUGUCUCACUUUUAUUUGCUUAAUGUCCAGUGUAAUGAGCCCAUGCACCUUAAAGGUCCUUUUGGGUGUUAUCAGAAUAUAUAAAUAUCCUGCUGUCUCUUUCAAAAUUUUGGUUGGUCUUCCCAUAAUUUAUGUCUCUCGAUGCAGACUGAGAUACAGAUACACUGAGAAAAUAUUCAAGAUGUAAAAACAAUUAACAGGAUUAGUAUCAGAAUAGAACAUGCAAAAAGGAAGCCAGAGUUCAAUCUGAAAAGCACUGUAGAGAUAGAACCCAAGCUUUGGUUUAGUUAUGCCAUGUAUUUUAGAUUUCUGAUAUGACUAAUGAAUCACUGUGCAAGUCAUUAGUUUGGGUCACAGAACCUUAUUGGAACUCUAGAAUAAUCUGUCUCCUCACAGAAUUUUGUUUCUGGUCUUUGAUUACAGGAUUUCUGUCUAUGUUACAGGAGAUGGCAAUAAUGUGAAGUACUAAAUUCCACACUUCACCUCUGUUGCUCAUCUUUUGUGUUGGCUGAAUCUCAGUGUUGUCUGCAGGAUUGGCUUCAUCUCCAUAAAAGCUGAGGUUGUGAUUUAGAAUGACAGUUAAUUAGAAGCAAGUCAUAUUUGAUAACAGUUUUGUGGGGGAUACCAGACUGCUGCAAAAUGCAAGACUUCGUUUCAGUUAGGGAGGUAUUCAAACUUUGUAGAGUCCACACUGUGUCACUAUCAAACUUUACUUGACAGUAUGCAAACACAAAACCACACACAUAAAUAAACAAAAUCAGGGAGGUAACACACACCUUCAAGCUUACAUCUAAUGUCAUGUUUAUGGUUCUAUAUUACUGGUGUCUGACUGUAACCUUGAGCUGUGAAUAUUCACCUUACCCACAGCUAGGUUUGCAUUCCCCGAAGGAUGCUGCUGUGAGGAAGCCUUGG